AUGGAAAGAGAGAAGGUACCUGGGUGGGUGAGAACUGGUGGUGCCUGUGAAAGGCGAAAAUGGAGGAGAGAGAUUUUUGGGAAGAAAAUAAUGGCGGAGAAGAGAGAGAGACAAAGGAUUGGGGACACACCAUUCAUACAGAUUGCACAAGCAAAAACUUUACUUAUGCAAGACCCGAACUUUAAAAAAGGCUUUAAAUUUGAUCAUGUGUGGGAUAUGCUGAAAGAUUUUGAGAAGUUUAGCGAUGUUGAUUUUGGAAUAACAAAACCAAGAAAGCAUGGAUCUACUUAUGUAUCAUCUGAGUCUGAGGCUCCUAUUCCUGAUUCACCGUUGAUGUCAUCUCCUAACUUGCCAUCAUUUUCAUUAAAUUUAAAUAAGGAUGUUGCAGGCGAGGCCACAUCAUCACAACGACCUAUUGGGGUAAAGAAAGCAAAAUUGAAGAGAAAAAUUGAUGAAGAUUACGUGAAAAUGAUCCAAUCGGAAAAUAGUCGGCUUGUUGAGGCGAUGGAAAAGUCAAGUAACUCAAGAAAUGAAGCUUCGAGACAAAACGAAUUCAAAGAAGAAAAUAAAAUUUUAUUGACGAAGUUGAAUUCCAUUGACGAUCCAAAUCUUCGUGAAUUUUUACGACAAGAACAAAAACAAAUAAUCGAUAAAAGAAGCCAACAAUUUCAACAACCACAAGCACAAUAA